UCCCAGUGGUCGUGGCAGAAGCGCACGGCGGACGUCCAGCUCUCGUUCAAGUCGGACAUGUUCGCCCCGCUCUGGCUGCUGUGGCGCGACCGCGCGGCGGGGCGACGGAAUGUGACGUCGGCCGUCGAGGACGGCUUCGCGUUUUCCUGGGCCGUGAGCCCCGCGCGCGCGCUCUCGGAAAAGCCGAUCCUGCACAUGGCCGGCGCGGCGGGCCGCUGCGGCGACCGCACGCUGGGGGCCGCGGCGGCGACGUGCGGCUUCUUCAAGAACGAGUGGGUGCUGCGGUCGCCGGUCCACGCGCUCUGCCGCGAUCCCGCCGAGUUCGACUACGCGCGGCCCCGCGCGCGGGUGCAACUCUAACGCCGCGUCGACGCGAGCCUCCGCAGGUCACGGACACGUCCGCGUCGCUCUUCUACGUCGAGGUCAUGCGGGACCUGAUCGCGAAGGGCCUGCCGGGCGGCUUCGACGCCUGCGACGCGGCGCUCUACGCGGACGAGCCGAAGCUGAUGCACAAGUACACGCGGGGCGACGGCGGCGUCGUCUACGAGUACUACGCGCGGGAGAACGCGCAGAGCGAAACGGUCUGCGGCGCGCGCUGCUUCGUGCGCGAGCGCUUCACGCACGUGAACAUCACGGACGUGGCCCUCGAGGGCACGACGGAGUCGACGCGGCGCGAGGCGCCGGGCGUCGCCGAGCGCGAGGGGCCCUGCGCGGCGCUCUGUCCGGGGGGGGUGAGUCAGUAGGAACAAUUAUACGAGCAGCAACUUGGGGGAGGAAAUAAUCUCGGUCGGG